AUGGUGAUGAGGACAAGCCUGGCCCUGCUUAGGCUCCAGCCCUGUCUUCUGCUGGUCCUUCCUCUAUCUCUCAUCCUUCCUCUAUGGCUGGUCCUUCUUUUACUCAGCUCUGCCAGUGCCAAGCGCCCUUAUGAGGGCACCACUAUCAAUUCUGUCAAGACCAGGUCAUUCACAUCAACCCAUGAUUCAGUUCAGCCAGUCUCCACCACCUUUGUGUCUCUCCCUGCAAAGAAAGCACCUUCACAGGCCAGCACACAUAUCUCUCAGAAGAUGAGUAAUGUGGUGAAAAUGAGCAGUGCAACACAGGCUGCCAAGAUCAUGCCUGCUGCUGCAAUGGGAAUGCAGGGCACUAUCAACCGCUUGGCUGAUGUCUUUGAAAGAUUCAUUCAUGGCAGGCAGCAUGCAGCUUACACUCUGCCUCCACCUGGGCCUGUGCCUGAGGGUAAUAUGGACUUGGUGGUGCAUGCCACACAGCUAUUACAGACUGAGGAUGUCAACAUGCCUCCCGAGCAGCAGGCUGUAUUGAUAAUGGUUCUUGCGCCGCUUGAUGAGAUCGCACCUCAUAUCCUUCAGUUAUGGAAGACACGUCAAACAGGCAAGCAGAUCAUGGAUGAUGUGAUUGACCAUGUUCGAGGAGUCUACAUUAAUCCAAGCCACACUGUCUUCGACCUUGUACCUGCCAACCUGAACAAUUAUAUCCAACAGUGCUAUGAACAAAUGGGCUGUCCCAUUGUUGACUGUGGCUCAGCAUGGAUCAACGAGGGGCUCGAUCACGACGGUCUUGUUGUGUGGGAUUUCUCCAAUAACGAAGAUGAUCAGAUUAGUAAUGCUGAUCAGUGUUUCGAGUUGGCGCACAGGAUGUUCAGAGGCCAGCAGAAGCACUUUACCUUACUAGGAAGGUUCUGA